UCAGUGGUGGUGACAGUGUGAGGGACUUACAUGUAGUGUUAGCUCGCUCACAGUGAAGGUGCUUGUGGUCAAGGUAACGUACUAGCUAAUAACUGGAUGGCCCCUUCAGUUAAAACUUAAGGAACAAUUAUGAUAUAAAUCAUAAACCUCCUCUGGUCUACAAGUGAAGUGAAGAUGAAGUACUGACAAUCUUUCAUUUAAAAACCAUAGUGAGUGAUAAUCCUGAAAAUGUCGAAUAACUCAGCAGAUGAAUUGCCUGGGAUGCAACUGACCUCCCGUGAAGAUAUGAAUAACGAUCUUCCCUCACUGCUUGAAGGGGUCGACCUCACGCAGUAUGACAACAAUGCGCUGGUCAGGUUCCUCGACAUCGAAAUACCGCCUGAGGACACUAGUAAGUUGUUGGACACGUGUAUCAACUACACAGACCUCCUCCCACCAGCGAACACGUCUUAUAACCCUUUGGAAACCAAUAUCCAAAGUAACUACUUGACGGAGCCAAAUGUGCUCGAUGUUGAGUCUCUCCCGUUAUUCCAGCCAGACACACCAAAUCUACACCAAAAUCUACACCAGAGUCAACUGAUCGACCACUUGGUGUCGGAGUGUGUGGCACCAGCAGCAGGACCUCCUCAGGUGUGUGUGAAUGCUGGCAUUAACCAGGUGGUCACACCCACCACAGUAAGCACUCUUGCCACCUGCGUCAGCCAGGUCAGAACCAAGACGAACAAGCAACGCAGAAAACAAGACGCCGCAGACGCUCCUAAAAUCAAAGCACAAAGAAAACGUCGACCAAGGAAACCCAAAGUCUACGAGAGGGAGGAUCCCUUCGAAGACCCAGCAGAAGAGAGACGCAGACUCAACGCGAUUAAUGCCAAAAAAAAUCGAGACUAUAAAAAGAAAGCUCUACAGGAGUUAGACGAGAAAGUGCAGGCAGUGACACAAGAAAAAGACAAAUUAGAGAAGGAGGUCGAGGAGCUAAAACAGAGAGAACAACAACUGCGAGAAGAACUUGCUUCUCGCUACGGUGUCAUAUUGCCUUAUUUGUAAGUGUUGGAUGUAGGAAAGAGAGACAAAGGUUUUCCCAUAGGACACGUACUCUCAAGAUGAACAUCCUUGAAUAUACUUCAGAAAAACAGUAAUGAACGAUUAUAAAUAUGAAAAAUGAAAAUAUUAAAAAAAAUCAGAACUUAUGGCUAAACAAGUUCAUAUAUAUAUAUAUAUAUAUAUAUAUAUAUAUAUAUAUAUAUAUAUAUAUAUAUAUAUAUAUAUAUAUAUAUAUAUAUAUAUACUGUGAUAGCUGAGUGCAACAGGAUUCUUAGAGAGAAUAUGUAGCUUUAACAUCCAAACACUUUGAUAAGGUUGUAACAAAGGUUGGAUUAAGAUUUUCUGACAUAAUUAAAUCGUCCACCAAACUUAAAAUGGAUGACUAUUGUGUUAACUGUAAUGGAAAAUAUUGUCGAUAUUCCAGAUUAUAAUAACAACGAUACUGUUUUAUUAUUUCUUUAUUUGUAGUAAAAUAACCACAGUGAAAAAAAAAAAUAGUGAAAUUUCAAGAGCUUUCGUGAUUUCUCCAUUAUCAAGGAACAGUAAAAAUAAUAGGAUAACCGAAGAUUUACAAUGGUGAAAUAUGACCGUACUCACUGAGCAUGGGUGUGUAGUGAAGAUUUAGCCAGGUCAUAUGUCAAGUAGAAUUUAAGAAUGACAAGUCAAUCAUAGUUUAAAAUAAUCAAAUUCUAUGCAUUAUAAAUGGAUCUAAUUUAUACAGACCUGAAUUUAUAUUGCAAUCAAUACUGUUUUUUAUGAAGCUUGAUUCGAGUAUAUUUCACUCAACCAUGGACUUAAUACAACCUUCACGGUCUUCUCAAAAUCAAUUAAGUAGUUAAAAUCUCUCAUGUGAAUAAACAGAGCAUUGGACUCUUGUUCAGUUCUAAUGCUGUAAUUAUGUAAUUUUAGUUCGAGACUUUUUUCCAGUUUAACUAUAAUAAACUUUAAUGUAUUGUUUUACAGGUGAUCUUAUAAACACAGUCGUCAGCAUUCUGGGGGAAUUCUUAACCAGAUGUUUGUUUUUCUGUAUUAAAAUUUGUAAAUACAACUUUAGUUUUGAAAUUCUUUGUUUUUAUAGAAAGGCAGAACUAACAUAAUCUUGGUUGAUUUUUUUCUGUCCUUUUUUUUUUAACUAAAAUAUACUUCUAAUAAUUAUAAAACAUGUCAAUAAAUAUUUUUAGGCUAUUUUAGAGCCUAUGCUAUUUCCAUAAAUCCUCAGUAUUCCCUCAGCUAUGAACUCUGAGCUGCAGAGUUCUCAUAAACUCUGGAGGAGAAUACAGCACAUAUAACUCUGUCAGUGUGAAGAAUAAUAGCGUACGUAAGAGCAACAAAUUGAUGGUUUUCUUUACAUUUCGAUUUUAAAUUGGUUCCUGUAAUAAUUAAAAUUAAAAAAAAAAAAGCCACGAGUUCUUUCUUUCAAAGUCGACAGUAAACUUUAUG